CAACGUUGCAACAAAUUGUUUGGACGUGUUCCUUGCAGAGCAUCUUACUGCACGUGCAAUAAAAUUUUGCAUUGAACCAGCUUUUGGAGGACACGUACAACGCUUGUGAUGGCAGAGGUCAAGCCGACGAAGCUGUAUUCUGUGAAAGACCUUAAGCAGCACACAACAGAAGAUGACUGCUGGAUUGCAAUCAGCGGGAGAGUCUACGAUGUCACACACUUUCUGGACGAACAUCCAGGCGGUUUUGACAUCAUCGUAACGAACACAGGGAAGGAUGCAACCGAGGACUUUGAGGAGAUAGGGCACAGCAAUGCAGCCAAGGAGAUGCUAGCGAAAUACCUCAUCGGCGACUUUGAUGGAGGAGACGCAGCAAAGACAAACCGAGCCUCAAUCAGUGCAGUCAAGACAAAGCAGGCGAACUUGCAGUCCAGCAAUCCAGUGCUCAAGCUGUUGCAAGUGCUCCUACCACUUCUGGUCAUCCUGGCAGCCAUCUUUGUGCCAAAGUACCUCCUCUGAUCGGCCUGAGUUCUGCUAGCUGCAGCCUCAAUUGAGGCUGGCAGGGGCGUGGCUCUCAGUCACUACAGUUUUCAUGGCUUCUGCGGAGUUUGAUGCUCUGCUGUGUGUCAAAGUAUCGAGAGCAUCAAUAUGCGCUGUUGUACAUUGUGUAGAGGGUGUGAACUUGCAAGGCAGCUGCAUACGUCUGGGCAUUACAAAUCUGUCUGCUCAGUGCGUAGAUGCAAACAGAACGAGGCCAGCAUCAGAAUUGUUUGAAUGCAUGCCUUCUGGUCUGCUUCUAUUCCCUUAAAGAGAGGCUUUUUCAAACGGAUCAAGGAUGACAUCGACGUGUAUCUUUAGGGUCUAUGGAAGUGAUACCGACGAACAAGCAGGUCCCUCAAAAACCAGACCACAGGGAGCGACAACAAUCAUAGGCACCGCAUUGGACCCAUGAGAGAUGGUCUUUAGACAGCGAUCUGAUGUGUAAGGAUCAUUCGCGAU